AUGCAAGCCUGUAAGGGAUCUUACUUUCUGAUUUUUAAUAUCUUUAGGUCUGUAGCAGUGAACUUGUUUAAUCCUCAAAGGAAAAAAGAGAUACAAGGGGAAGCCUCCUGUUCAGGGUAAAGGAAGAGGGAGGCAGAUUUCCUACUCCAGCUCAAUUAAAAUGGGGAGCAAAAAGCCGUAUGUCAUGGAGGAGUGCAGGUUAAGGAAAAAUAUGAGUCAAUUAAAGUUCCAAUCAGACAUUUUAUAUGAUAAGAUACCAAAACGGCCAGUGAUUGACGAGUAGAAUGAGAAGACAGCUAAUGUUACUAUUUAUGGGACGCGGCACAGUUCAAUUGAGAGUUGCCUUCAUUUUCACGCACGCACCCCAACAAUAUAAUAGUAGGCUGAGUGGGAAAAAAUUGCAGAUAAAUGAAGGAGGGCAGCAGAGGAUUGUAGACUCAAAUGAUACACCAGACAUCUUUCAAUGUGAAAGAUUGAGGCGUUGAGUUUACACUAUUAUAAUUACUUCAGCCUUACAAUUGCCAUGGUAUAACCUCGGAUAUGGGUGGUUGUAUCCAAGCUACAUUUAUAGUAGAUGAGAAAACAUCCUAUUCGAUAUGUUGGAAUAAAUGAACACAUAUUUUAAAAUUUACAGCAUGAAUUCAUCCUUGUCCUUAGGUUUCCCAUAACAUCAAAAUAAAAUACAUCAAAAUUUUCUAUAAGGAAGACAUAAUAAAUACCUUGAUUUUUUACAUCUAAAAAUUCUAAAAAUAGAACUCGAAAUAAAUAGGCUCUAGACAUAGUGAUGUAGCCCAGAAACUACUAUCAAAUGAGGAAUGGAAGAUUUUUGACCCAGGUGGAGAAACUAAUAAGAUCUGCAUUGAGAAGGUUAAAAAAGAAUAAAAUCAAGUGCAAUGAUGUUUUAGACCAACUCAAGUGAAUCAGAGAUUCAAGAGUUGUGAAGACUAUCUUUUGCCCAAAUUCAACUUCUAAUGGCCCACUAAGAGAUUUGGCCAUAUGUUUACUGAGCCUAAAUCUUACAAUUCGUACAUUUUAUUCAUAUAAAAUAAUCUCCCUAUUCUAUUUAGAGUAUUCCUAUUUCUUGGGGGCCUUCUAACAGAAUCCUCCUUUUUCAUAGGAAGGUUUAAUAUGUUCUCUUCUCUCUAUUUUCUAAGAUGAUACCAGAUUUCCCCCUUUAUAGGUUAGUUAUAACUAAUUUCGGCCUCUAAAUAUGGCCCCCCUUGUAGCCCCAAGGAGACACGUUUUUAUGAACCAAGUUUCAAAUUCCCUUUUGGAGGUUCUCCUUUUCUACUAGUGGAUUCCAAUAUCUCUGUGGACUCAGCGAGCCAUUUUCGAUCUUGUGGACUCAAGAUCAACCCCUUGUGGACUCAAGGGACGAAAUCUCUUCGUUUUGUAGAUUCAGAGCAAGGAGUUUUCAACUAAGACACGUUCCUUUUAGAUUUAAGGUCGUGAUUUUACUUUCAAAAUACACAGCCAAAGCUGAAACGUGA